UCCAGGCCUGGCUGACCGUCACCGUCAGGUUACUUGCCGCACCAGCGACACGCCCCCAUAGCGAGGCUCCAUGCCCUGCAGCGGGGUCAGACAUGUCGGAGUUGUUGCCAUCCUGUGAAGACAUGGGACGUUCCUCUUGCGCAGCGGCCCUCUCUCUCAACCAGCCUCCCCUGCCUCUCUUCGGUGGCUCCGGUUCGUCUUCUACGCUCGUUACAGAAGAUGUCUCCCCGGACCUGUUUUUCAUCCUGUCCAAAAAAGAAGAACCAGACGAGGUUUCAGACACAGGAGAGCUCGCUUGAGAUGACGAGUCCUGAGAACGGCGUCCGUACGCGUUGUCGGCCCGCCCAUACCUAGACGGCGUGCGCGGGUCUCUAUUCAUCUCCCGCACGCUGCCCUCGUAGGUAGGGAGCGGCGGCGGGCGGGUGGCAGGACGCUCAGAGUAGGUGGAAAGGUGACUGCGGGGCGAAAUGUUCGCGAGUGAACGCUGAGGUCGAAUCUGCCGAGGGUAGGAUGUGGGCGGCUGCACUGGUCUGCUAGAGUACACGCUGGCAUUGGUAUCUGAGUCUCUAUGAACGUCGCGCCCGACUGAGCGUGCACGAGGGCCAGAAGGAAGGCCGCCAACAUUACGCGGACGACUGGGACGAACUGAGCUCAUCAGUUGAUGCCGAUUGAUCUCUAUGAUUUCCUAGAACCCGCUAGAAUGAUAAAUGGUAUAUACACGCCCGGGGAGAGGUGAAAGUGAACAGGCCAGCUGCGUGGAAGGGAAGAGAGAAAGAGAGCUUCAAAUAUCGAGG